UACUCUGCAGACUGUUGGUACUGUCUGUCCCAUUAUUAUAGCAAAAAGGUGACAGGAAAACUAGAAUAGAGACUGGGACUUCAUUUAAGGGACGGUUUCGUCUUAAUGUUUUUUGUGGCAAAGCAGACAGGGUUAAUUUAUUACUUAGAAUAUCCACUAUGGCUGUGAGGGGGCCUUAAGAAGUGAUUUGAAGGCUUUCAUUCUAUAUCCCUGUUCUACUUGGACUGGAUUGGUAAAUUACUGGGUAUCAUUCUUAAAUUUUUGUUUUCCAACAAGUUUCUUUUAUUGUUAAGUUGCCUUCUACAGGACAUUCCUUUGAAAGUAUUAGAGCUCACAGCUUGAAGCAGACAUCCCAACUCUGAACUUCAGCUUGGGCAUAAAUUUCAGGUUGGCUUCCUAACAUUAAAGAGAAAAUGCUGCUAUCAGUGACUUCAAGGCCUGGGAUUUCGACUUUUGGCUAUAACAAGAACAACAAGAAGACAUAUGUGUCAUUGUCUCAGCCCAUGGCACCACCUAGUCCAAGCAACAGUACCCCUAACAGCAGCAGUGGGAGCACUGUAAGUGACCAGCUGAGUAAAACCAACCUCUACAUCCGGGGAUUGCAGCCAAGCACUACCGACCAGGACCUAGUCAAGUUGUGUCAGUCAUAUGGCAAGAUUGUCUCCACUAAGGCCAUACUGGACAAGACCACAAACAAAUGCAAAGGCUAUGGCUUUGUGGACUUUGACAGUCCUUCAGCAGCACAGAAAGCUGUAACAGCACUGAAAGCCAGUGGUGUGCAAGCACAGAUGGCAAAGCAACAGGAGCAGGACCCCACAAAUUUAUACAUCUCAAACCUCCCACUGUCAAUGGAUGAGCAAGAACUGGAGGGAAUGCUGAAGCCCUUUGGCCAGGUUAUUUCCACUAGAAUCCUUCGAGACACCAGUGGGACCAGCAGAGGGGUUGGCUUUGCAAGGAUGGAGUCCACAGAGAAGUGUGAAGCCAUCAUCACCCACUUUAAUGGAAAAUAUAUUAAGACACCCCCUGGAGUACCAGCCCCAUCUGAUCCCUUGCUUUGCAAGUUUGCUGAUGGGGGUCCAAAGAAACGACAGAACCAAGGAAAAUUUGUGCAAAAUGGACGGGCCUGGCCAAGGAAUGGAGACAUGGGUGGUAUGGCCUUGACCUAUGACCCCACCACAGCUCUUCAGAAUGGGUUUUACCCAGCUCCUUAUAACAUCACCCCCAACAGGAUGCUUGCUCAGUCUGCACUGUCCCCGUAUCUUCCAUCUCCUGUGUCUUCAUAUCAGAGAGUAACUCAGACAUCUCCUCUACAAGUACCUAACCUGUCUUGGAUGCACCACCAGUCAUACCUCAUGCAGCCUUCAGGUUCAGUUCUGACACCAGGAAUGGAUCAUCCUAUUUCUCUCCAGCCUGCCUCCAUGAUGGGACCUCUUACCCAGCAACUGGGCCACCUCUCGCUCAGCAGCACGGGCACAUAUAUGCCAACAGCUGCAGCUAUGCAAGGAGCGUACAUCUCCCAGUACACCCCUGUGCCUUCUUCCAGUGUUUCAGUUGAGGAUGGCGGCAGCCAGCAAAAUCAAGUGACAGUGGAUGCUCCCUCAGACCAUGGGGUCUAUUCUUUCCAGUUCAACAAGUAACAGUGGAUUUCCCUCCCCAUCUUUGUUGAGUAUAAAUGAAUUCUUGGAGAUGCUGAUGCUCCAGACUCCAGAGGGCUGACCAGGAAUACAGCCCCUCUGUGGGCCCAGCUGAGGACUAACACUUGGUCAUCGGUUUUCACAGGCCUGGGCCUGGAAAAAGAAGUCUCUGCACUCCUGCCCUGUGCUCUUCCUCCACUCCUGGUGGAGCCUGGAGGAACUGUCACUUUGUGUGUGUGCUACAGUCAAGGAGACCAAAAAGACUUCUUUUCUUUUGUGAAGAAAGUUUUAUGUUUUGUUUUAAGCUGCAGUAUACUCUUUCCCUACCCCAAAGAGACACGGUGCCUGGAGCUUGUUCUCGUCUUUAUGAAAAACAGUUUUUGAUGUGUUGGACUUAUUUGGGAAGGCUUUUUAAACAAAUUAUUUUCUUAAAAGAAAAAGGUGUGGUGCUAGAACACUGAUGGAGUCCUACUGUGGGCCCUACUUACUGAGUUUAGUUAUGGACUUUUUGGCGGGGGGUGUAAGAAAAUAUGCAGACUUUUAAAGUUUUGUUUUAUAAAGCUCUUAGAUCACACAUCCCAUCUCUUCUUCACAUACAUUUUAUGCCUUCUUUCUCUCAUCCAGAGUGUUCUUUUUCUCUUUUCUAUACAGCAGAACCUGCCUACUUUGCCUCUUUACAGUUUUUAAUUUUGUGAAUUUCUUUUUUGAAUGAAAUUUCAUACGGAAUUUUGGGGGGCUGGGCAAGGAACAAGGUAGAACACUAAGCAGGCAGUGGAAGUGGCUUUUCCUCCCUCUGCCCUGCCACAUCCUAGGAGGAAAGACUAGACUUUGCCCUCCAGAAGCAGAGAUGUGACCUAGGCUCACUAAGGAGACAAUCCCACAGCCUUAGGAAGCCAUCCUCGAUCCAAAUUUGGAUGAAGACUAGGUUUUCCCUGGCAAGUUCCAGAGGAAUGGACCUACUGACUUCUGACUAACUCUUCUCACUGCCGAGGCCAACACCACAUCCUCUGAGAAAAUGUCUUCCCUUGCUACAGCUUUUCAGGAAUACCUGCUUUUCUGCUUCCUAGAGGAUCUUUUCUGCCCUGGGUCUCAAGGCCUCUCUCUUCCUUAUCUCACAUCGUUGCUGUGCUCAGAGCCUUUGCUUUUGUGACCUUGCUGAAUCCAUUUAGGUUCCUUCCCCACCACGGACAAUCAGCUGCUUUACCUCUAGACCAACGAUUCUCAAAGAGGUGGUUUUGUCGCCUAGAGGCCACUUGGCAAUCUCUGGAGACAUUUUUGGUUGUUGUGCCUGGGGGUGGGGCUGUGUGCUACUGGCAGCUAGUGGCUGGAGACCAGGGAUUCUGCUAAACACCCUGCAGGGCACAGCAGAGCCCCAACUCCCCCAGCAGAGAAUUGUCUGGCUCAAAAUGUCAGUAGUACCAAGGUUAGGAAACCUUGAUGUAGACAGUGUCAUCCCUGCCUCCUGUACCAGAGGACUUGGUAAAUUCCCAUCCCAACCCUGGACACACAGUGCCUUUUGACACUCAGGCAGCUAGUUGAGAGAGACAGAACUGAGGUUCUUGAAUUUUCCCCAGGCUUUGACCUUUGGCACAUCUGUGUACAGCAAGAGCUGUCCUUGAAAGGCUUGUGCCAUGUGCACACACACGUUCAGAGGGAUAGAGGUGGGACUGUUCUGUGUGUGUGCUGUGCAGGGGCGGGAAAGGACAAAGCUCUUUGUAACUGUCCAGAGCAACCUGCCCUAGUGUGUUUGGGCCCCUUUUCCAGGGAACCAGGACAUCAAAAAUAAUCUUCCUGCUUGUGGAAGGACAGCAGGGAGCUGGGAUAGAAAAGGGCCAUAAACCCCAUCUCACUAUUUACAAGGUCAGGAGUCCUUCAAAAAAAAGCUAUAAUUUGCUCUUCAACUCCAUCACCUUCUGCAAGACCUGACACACGGAGACAGAUAGGAGGAAGCCUUUGUCCAUCUUCUAGGAAAUAAGAUCCUGCACCUGUCUCUUCCCAGUCACUCCUUCUGCACUGAAAGGAGAGUUCUGCUCCCCUUCACUUCAAGGUCAGGUGCCUUUCCACCAGACAAUCAGACAGAAAGCCAAAUGAUGGAGAAUGGAGAAACAGGUGUUCAGUUUCUGUAGGGGAGAAGGAGAUGCUACUGGGCGGGAAGAAGCUGUAUUAUCAGUUGUUGUACAUAGAGCUUGGGCCUAGCUCCCCUCCACCCAUCCCAGAGUUGAGAGUCCUAACGCUCCCUACCCUUAGAGUGUCCUUUUGUACAUCCUGGGGUUAAGGGAGUAGGGGUGGGGGACAAUAGGUAGGAUGUAAAGUAUAAAGGAUAAAAUCGCCACUAUUAAUUUUCUCAUGGGUACUUCCAACCUCAGGAAGGGUUUAUCUAAUGUAAAACAGCCCCAAACCCAGUAACUUUAUAGAAGGUUUUGGCUGGGCAGGUAUCUCUUGCUUCUGAGUCUCUACUCCUUAGUCAAGGAAAAUACACCAUAUAUUUCUUGUCAGUGGCCUUGAAGAAAAGGAGAAAAAUCUAGAAUCCUGUUCAUUUAAUUAAUAGUAGUUUGGGGGAGCCUUGCUUUGCUAGGAGGCUUAGUGAAAUGAGGGCCUUUCACGUGUAGAAACUGUUGUUGAUGUCACUGCUGCCGCUCCUCUGCCUCCCAGAAUUCCUGGUUCUGUCUGCUUUCUCUGUCUGUAUUUAAAUGUUUAAAUGGCUGUAAUUUUGCUUUGUUUUGUUUUAAAAUUCUGAAGUUAC